AUGUUCCCCUACUCUUUCUUUCACUUUCAUUUGUUCUUGCUGUUUCCCUACUCUUUCUUUCUUUCUUUUUUUAUAUUUCUCAAUUCCUUCUUUCUAAAUUUCUUUUUCUUUCUGGAUCUAAAAUCUUCCUUCUUUCCUUCUUUCUUUCCUUUUCUCUUCAGUUUUCUUUCUUUUCCUUUUCUCUUUCUUUCUUUUCUAUACUUUUCCUGUUUUCUCUUUUCUUUCUGUUUCCUUUUUUAUCCUUUCUUUCUGUUUCCCACUCUUUUCUUUCUUUCUUUUCUUUCUUUUUCCCUACUCUUUCAACAACCUUUUCUUUUUUUUUCCUGUUUGUUUCCCUACUCUUUCUUUCUUUUCUUUCUUUCUUUCUGUUUACUCUUUCUUUCUUUCUGUUUUCUGUUUUCCUUUCUUUCUUUCUUUCUUUUUCCCUCUUUCUUUUCUUUCUUUCUUUCUGUUUCCCUACUCUUUCUUUCUUUCUUUCUGUUUCCCUACUCUUUCUUUCUUUCUUUCUUUCUUUCUGUUUAUUUCUAUUUCUUUCUUUUCUUUCUUUUGUCUUUUCUUUCUUUCUGUUUCCCUACUCUUUCUUUCUUUCUUUCUUUCUUUCUGUUUCUUUCUUUCUUUCUGUUUCUUUCUCUUUCUUUCUUUCUUUCUUUUUCUGUUUCCCUAUUUCUUUCUUUUCUUUCUUUCUGUUUCCUUUCUUUCUUUCUGUUUCUUUCUUUCUUUCUUUCUUUCUUUCUUUCUUUCUUUCUUUCUGUUUUCUUUCUUUCUUUCUUUCUUUCUUUCUUUCUUUGUUUCCCUUUCUUUUCUUUUCUUUUUCUGUUUCUCUCUUUCUUUCUUUUUUUUCUGUUUCCCUAUUCUUUUCUUUCUUUCUUUCUGUUUCUUUCUUUCUUUUCUUUCUUUCUUUUUUCUUUCUUUCUUUCCCUUUUUCUUUUCUUUGUUUCUUUUUUCUUUCUGUUUCCCUACUCUUUCUUUCUCACCCAACUCAUUCAAUAA